AUGUCCCCACAGUACAUUCAAUGGCCAAGUGAACUGGAACAAGAAUACAUUUCUGCAAUGUUUGAAGAUUUGUAUGGCUAUCCUGGUGUAGUCGGCUGCAUUGAUGGGUGCCACCUGAACAUAACUGCUCCUAUUGAGCAGGCACAAAGGUAUUUUGACAGGAAGAAAAAUUAUUCCAUCCUGCUCCAGGGAUUUUGUGAUCAUAGACUUCUCUUCCGUGACAUAUCUGUUGGGCAACCUGGAAGUGUUGGAGAUAAGAGAACUUUUGCACGGAGUCCACUAGGCCAACAGAUCUCCAGAGAUCCUAAUGUUGUAUACGAUCAUCACCUUAUCGGUGAUGGAGGAUACACAUUAACUGACAAGGAAGUGCUUUUUGAAGAUUUUGAAAGUGAUAUUGAUCUCCAGCACCUCAUCAAUGUGUCAAAACAAAAUGGACGGUUGAAGAGGGAUUUCAUUGCUCAAGGAUUGAAGUAA